AUGCCAACCCGUCAAUUGGGAAAAAUCGGUCCUCAAGUGUCAGCUAUUGGUUUUGGAGCAAUGGUUUCAUCAAAAGGCUAUGGGACUCCCGAAACAGAUGAAGAACGAUUCAAAGUUUAUGAUCGUGCAAUUGAACUUGGUAGUACUUUUUUUGAUACGGCCGAUGUCUAUGGUGAUAGUGAAGACUUACUGGGAAGAUAUUUCAAGAAAUAUCCACAUCAACGUGAAAAGGUAUUUCUUGGCACAAAAUUUGCACUUCUGAUGUCUCCUGAAUUGAAAACUUUCUCAGUUCGUGGUGAUGCUAAAUAUGUUCAUGAAGCAUGUGAAAAAAGUUUAAAUCGUCUCGGUCUCGACUCAAUCGAUCUUUAUUAUGCACAUUGUAUUGAUAAAACUGUGCCAAUUGAAGAAACUAUCGGUGCUAUGAAAGAACUUAUUGAUGCUGACAAAGUUAAAUAUCUUGGUUUAUCUAAUUGUUCAAGUGAUACACUUCGACGGGCACAUGCUGUUCAUCCAAUUGCAUGUGUACAAAUUGAAUAUUCACCAUUUGGUCUCGAUAUUGAACGAGAAGAAAUUGGCCUCUUGAAAACAUGUCGAGAACUUGGUGUAGCUAUUAUCUGUUAUUCACCUUUAGGUCGAGGGAUGCUUACAGGACAAAUUAAAAGUUUAGAUGAUCUUGAAGAAAAUGAUUUUCGAAGACGUCUACCACGUUUUUACAAAGAAAAUUUUUCAAAAAAUCUCCAAUUAGUUGACACAUUAACGGCAUUAAGUAAGAAGAAAGGUUGUACUCCAGGUCAAUUAACAUUAACAUGGAUACUUGCCCAAGGUGAUGAUUUCAUUCCAAUACCAAGUACAACGAAAAUAAAACAUUUAGAAGAAAAUCUUGCUGCAGUUCAAAUCAAAUUCAGUGAAGAAGAAGUACAACAAAUUCGUCAAGCUUGUGAAAAAGCCGAUAUAGCUGGUGAAUGUUGUCCGGAAAAUAUGUCUAUAAUUUUAUUUGCUGAUUCAGCUGCAAAGAAAAACUAA